AUGUCCUUCACGGUGAUCUACAAGCUGGGUACCCAGAAGACUCCCUUCACCGUCGAUGAUGUCGCACUCCAAGCAGGUGCUGCCACCGGUAUAUCACGGACUUUGCAGGCCCGUAUGGCUCAGAAUACAUCAACGUCGCUUGCUAUUGAGCCUAUGGCAGUGGAUACUUGCAUCAUGACGACAGCCGCCUUCACUUCUUCAGAAUCACACACAGCCCGUCAGCGACAAGCCAGCGCGCACAAAAGCAAGGCCUUCGUGACUUUGAUCUCCUCCUCCGACUCUAUAAGCGCAGCCAGCACGGAGCCAACGACCCCUGGAUCCACCAAGCCAGCGACUUGGGGCGAUGACGUGAUGUACUCUUUGGGCCAUUUCACCGCCGGCAUCAUGAGCUUUAUAGCGGGAUGGGUCAGCCCCGUCGAGGCCAAACUCCCAUCAGACAACGAAUUCAGCAACUUUAUGACGGGAGUGGCGGUCCUUAGUGCCGGCGCCUUGUACAUGGCCGAUUCUUUUGCUUCCAAAGACCCCGUCAAAAGCGAGUUCUGGGACUUCUGGUCGAAAUCGAUCACCAUCAUCACGUUGGGUAACAUUGUGGUCUUCAAUGAUAUCGCGCAGGGUCGCCUCAUACCGACCGGCCACUGCCUGCUUGUCGAAGACUCUCGUUCUAUGGGGGCCAAGAUCGAUAGCAUCCUCGUCAUUCCAUCGGCUCUCAUCACGCCUGAGCAUGUCAGCGAGCUCUUCGGCGCUGAAUCGAGUGUGGAUAAGGUAGUGGCCUUCGUGGGCGAGCUUUCCAACUUAGCUUCCUAUGUUGCGCGAACGAGUUACUCUAAUAGUGAUCAACUUGGGAGACACACCAGCUGCAGCCGAUGCGGUUGA